ACUCUCUCCCUCUCUCUCUCUCUCUCGUGUGUGUCUGUAUGCAUCUCUUCCCCACUCUCUCCCUCUCUCUCUCUCUCGUGUGUGUCUGUAUGCAUCUCUCUCCCUCACUCUCUCCACUUUGUGUUGCAGAUGAACACCAGGCUAAAGCAGAUUGAGAAGGAAUACAGUCAGAAGCUUGCCAAGUCUGCUCAGUUGACAGCGGAGCUGCAGACGUCAGUGUGUGCUGCUAAGGAGGAAGGGUUGCGGCAGCAGCAGGAGAAGGAGAGACAGUUGAAGGAGGCUACAGCUCGCUGGGAUGAUGAGAGGAGGCAGAUGAGCCGCCACACAGACACUAAGAACAAGGUUCUGCAGGAGAAGGUGGAGAAUCUCCAGAGGCAGCUGCACUCCUCUGAGAAGAAACUACUGAACAAAGAGUUAGAGAACCAGGAGCAGGUGACGGUGGUGCUUCAGGAGUGUGCGAUGAAAAUGAAAGGGCUGAUGCCAGCUGAGCUGCGACAGGAGCUGGAGGACACCAUCUCCUCUCUCAAGUCUCAGGUGAACUUCCUCCAGAAGAGAGCUUCUGUGUUACAGGAGGACCUGGAUGCCUGUCACAGCAGGAGGUAACCAUGGACUGUUCUUCCCUUGGCCACGCCCAUUAUCCGGACAUGAAGAAUAAAACAGUCUAUCAGAUGUGAGAAUCAUCGCCACAGUUACCAGGCAUCACACAUCUGUCAUGCCAUGGGUGCACCAAUCAGUUGUGCCAGUUAUGUUGGCCACACCCACACUGUUUUUAACCACUAUGGAUUUGUACAUAUUUAUUCACUGUCAGAUUUUUUUCACAUUCCCCGGUGGAAAUCAAUAAUUUUGCAUAACUUUUUGUGGAUGUUUAAUGUGCGUACUAUCCAUACAUACACUAUAUAUACAAAAGUAUGUGGACACCCAUUUAAAUGAGUGGAUUCAGCUAUUUCAGCCACACCCGUUGCUGGCAGGUGUAUCAACUCUAGCACCCAUCCAUGCAAUCUCCAUAGAGAGACAUUGACAGUAGAAUGGCCUGACUAAAGAGCUCAGUGACGUUCAACAAUUCAGUUUGUCAGAUCUCUGCCCUGUUAGAGCUGCCCUGGUCAACUGUAAGGGAUGUUAUUGUGAAGUGGAAAGAUCUAGGUGCAACAACUGCUCAGCCACAAAGUGGUCGGCCACACAAGCUCCCACAACGGGACCGCCGAGUGAUGAAGUGCGUUGAAUGUCCGUUGGGAGCUUCAUGAAAUAAGUUUCCAUGGUCGAGCAGCUACACACAAGAUCACCAUGCGCAAUGCCAAGCGUCGGUUGGAGUGGUGUAAAGCUCGCCGUCAUUGGACUCUGGAGCAGUGGAAACGCGUUCUCUGCAGUGAUUAAUCACGCGUCACCAUCUUGCAGUCCGAUGGACAAAUUUGGUUUGGCGGUUGCCAGGAGAACGCUACCUGCCCCAAUGCAUAGUGCCAACUGUAAAGUUUGGUGGAGGAGGAAUAAUGGUCUGGGGCUGUUUUUCAUGGUUCAGGCUCCUUAGUUCCAGUGAAGGGAAAACUUAAUGCUACAGCAUACAAUGACAUUCUAGACUAUUCUGUGCUUCCAAUUUUGUGGCAACCAUUUGGUGAAGACCCUUUCCAGUUUCAGCAUGACAAUGCCCCUGUGCACAAAGCGAGGUCCAUACAGAAAUGGUUUGUUGACAUCGGUGUGGAAGAACUUGACUGACCUGCACAGAGCCCUGACCUCAACCACAUCAAACACCUUUGGGAUGAAUUGGAACACUGACUGCGAGCCAGACCUAAUCGCCAAACAUCAGUGCCCGACCUCACUAAUGCUCUUGUGGCUGAAUGGAAGCAAGUCCCCACAGCAAUGUUCCAACAUCGAGUGGAAAGCCUUACCAGAAGACUGGAGGCUGUUGUAGCAGCAAAGGGAGGACCAACUCCAUAACUCCAUAUUAAUUCCCAGGAUUUUGGAAUGAGAUGUUCGACGAGCAGGUGUCCACAUACUUUUGGUCAUGUAGUGUAUGUUGUUUUUUGUGAUUCCAUACUUCAAAAUCAAGUUUUAUACCGAAUGUACAUACCGAAUGCAUUGUUUUAUUAAAGACAUGUUUUCAUCAUA